AAGUGUCUUGAUUUGUUAGUGUGAACGCUUGUUGUGCGUAGAGACUGAAAGUGUAUGUUGUACUAUGCGGUGUCUUCGUUUUUCAUGAAACUAUUUUCUCUAGACUUAAGUUUACUUUUAAAAAACUGUCCAUAUCCAAUGUGGAGUUAUGGCUGGUGCUAAAUCUGGUGUUCACGUGGUACAGCUGAAACCCAUAAGUGUGCCCCAAAACCUACAAGAUGGGAACAAAUUCGUGAAAUGGGAUGAUGACUCCACUGUAGGUACACCGGUAACUGUGAAAGUGGAUAAAGAGGGUUUUUUCCUCUUCUGGACUGACCAGAACAAGGAAACCGAAUUCUUGGAAAUAUCUAGCAUACGAGAUACCAGAAGAGGAAAAUAUGCCAGGGUACCCAGAGAAGGAAAGCUGCGGGACACGGUGACCAUGGGAGCUCAGGACACUCCAUUGGAGGAGAAAACGGUGACGGUUGUUUAUGGCCCAGACCUAGUCAACAUUAAUUUUAUCAACUUUUGUUGUAACCGACGAGAAACUGCUCAGGAAUGGACUGAUGAGCUACUGAAGAUGGCUUACAACUUGAUGGCAAUAAAUGCCUCCACCACCACUUUUCUGCGGAAGGCUUACACCAAAUUGCACCUUAUGACGGAUCGGGAAGGAAAGAUUCCUGUAAAAAAUGUUAUUAAAAUGUUUGCUCAGCAUAAGGAUGAUAAGAAGAGAGUAGAGAAAGGUUUAGAACUAACAGGACUUCCUAUGGGAAAGAAUGACUCCAUUUCUCCAGAAAAAUUUACUUUUGACUGUUUUCUCUCAUUUUACCGCCAUUUAGUGGGAAGAAGUGAAGUAGAUGCAAUUUUUGAAAAGCUAUGUGGGGGCAAUAAGAAAAAAGGAAUGACUGUGGAUCAGGUGGUAGAGUUUUUCAACAAAGAACAACGAGAUCCCAGACUUAAUGAGAUUCUGUAUCCUUAUGCUACACCAGCUAGGGUCAAAGAUAUUAUCAAGCAGUAUGAACCAAAUAAAAGUUAUGCUCAGAAAGGAAUGCUAUCAGUUGAAGGAUUUCUUUGGUACCUUGCAAGUGAUGACAAUUCCAUAAUGGCACCUGAAAAAUUUGAUCUCAGUGAGGACAUGGACCAACCUCUAAGUCAUUACUUUAUUAACUCAUCUCACAAUACUUAUUUAACAGGUCAG